AGAUAAAUUAAAAGCCAUAAAUAAAACAAUUACAUCAGGUAAUAACUCUUAUCAGUGCUUUAUCAAGACUUUUACCAAAUGACAUGUGAUAUAUCUACUGGAAUUCCUGAAAUAUUUACAGUGGGGCCUUCAACAGGAGAGGAUCUGCUGGCCUAAACACAUACAAAUACGUUAAUUAAAUAGUGAUACAUAUGUGUGUGUGAUCAGUAUGGAGGCAUAAUUUCAUGUGUAAUAAAUGACUCAUUCUUUGUGAUCAAGUAAGUGACAAUAGUUCUCUUUUUAUAAUAAAUAUACAAAAUAUAUAAAAGAAAUAUAUUAAAAAAGUGACACAGAAUAAUACAAUACAUAGAGCAAUGAAGAAAAUAUAACUCAUCAGUCAAGUGGAUAAAGUUUGUUUGUUAAAUAACAUAAGUAGGAAAUUUCUGAGGCAAGGGAAUAAUUUACUUGUGGUAAUUAUGAAGUUAGAAAAACAUGAUAUAAAGUAAUUGUGAAUUACCGAAUUUGUGUGUGGGGGGAGACGAGAGAGAGGAAGGAGGUGGGGUAAGAAAAUUGCUGAAUACCGUCUGGAAUUUUUAUCGAAACGGUGAAUCAUGUGUUGAAGAGUUUGUCAAGAGGAGGUAAACUUGUUCUUAGUGUAGAGACUUGGACACUUGGACACUGUUUGGCAAAUGAUCGCCUCACCAUCAUGGCCGAGAGUGACCACGAGACCCUCACAAGUGAAUCUGGCAUGAGGAAGUUUUUCCGAGGUAUUCUGCCACACUGGCCGGACUCAUCGCCACAGGGAGGAGCAACGCCGGUACAUAAUGAAACAUUGGACACGGGUAAUGGGGAAUUCCACUUCACAGACAACACACGCCUCAAGAGGAAGUCAUCUCUCCUGAGGGAAAAGGAUGAAUCAGAGGACUCAGAUUAUGAGGAGAAUCUUCCAUCGUGCAAAAGACAGCGUAUCACAGUAGCAGCCAUGAGUCGUCUCUUUGCCAAGUUCAGCCUUUGUGACGGAGAACACAGCAACGACGUACCACCCGGGGAUAAGAGUGAAGACACAUCAACAACCAAUUCUAACUUGGAUGAAAAGCUCGCCAUUCCAGCACAAACAUCUCAACCAGAUCCGAGCUCGUCUGGGAACACGGAGGAGAAGGAUGUCUCCACGGCUCACAGCAACAACAACGAUGAAGACAUUCCUAACAUGAACAAUAAAGUGAGCGAGUUUAAGAAAGUGAAACGUGACAAUAAACCCGCAGACCUCGAUGAUCCGCCAGUGGGAAAACGACGGAAAACCGGCGACGUCGCAUCGGAACGGGAGGAAAACGACGAACGUCUCCCGGAGAAAAGCGACGCGCCAUCCGAAGACGCCGGGAAAAACAACAAACGGCAAGUCGAAGUAAACGAGAGUGACAAUGAUGAAGACAAAGAGCGUUCGUCCAAAGUAAAACGCACCAGGAGACUGAGAAGGGGACUAAGACUGUGUACAAACAUAACCUGCUAUAUUGAACAAGUCCUCUACAACUAAGACAACACACACAGUAAUCACCAAGAACAAUCACUAAUAUUUAAGAUCACAUACGAGUAGUUCAUAAAAGAUAUAUACGUGUGCGUGUGUGUGUUUGUGUGUGUGUGUGUGUGUUUGAGGUGAUUUUGUUUUAGCAUAUUUUAGAGAAAUUUUACAGUGUAUCUUGGACGAGUGCAAGCAUAGUGGCAAUUAUAUAUUCAAGAGACGGUGAUAACUUAAUACAGUACUGAAAAUUGACGAAACAUUGCCAGUACAGUAUUCAACUUUUCUCCCCGUUUUAUGCUUAAGGACACUGAAUGAUUACCGACAAAAUAAUACGGUUAGAGAAUGAUGUGAUGACUAUGUUAACGUCUUAGUCUCUUAGUUGGUAAAUGUUAGAAUGACAACGUUCAUCACUCAUUUUAUACGGCAAUAUCAAAUGAUCAUUUCAUAGUAAUUUUUUUUUUACCAUAAUACUGUAAAAAGUUCAUGUACUGUAAAUAGUCCCAUUUUAUGUAUUAGUGAUGUUAUAUUAUAGUAGUAAUAGUGACUGGUAAUUGGGCAUGAGGAACACAUUCUCCAUAGCCCCAGUACAUCACAGGUACUGACUGAUAGGAGGCAAAGAUAUGCUUACUGAGUGGCCAGUCAAUUACUCUUCCCUGAGUGGCCAAAAAAUUAAGCUCACUGAGUGGUCAUUCAAUAAAUGUCACUGAAUUAUCUGAAUGUUAAAGCUCACUUAUUGGCCAGUGAGUCAAGCUCUCUUCUCUCAGUGUAGGCUAUGUGUUCCACUGCAUGAAGCUGAGAAUGAAGGUUGAUAGACAGAUUCAAAUAAUAUUUUUGACACUGCUCAUUUUCAACUGAUGGUCAUUAUUAUGUUACACAGACAUACUGAAACAUUAAAUAGUGAAGAG